UUGCGAACCAGCGACAUCUGGAUCGCGCAGAGUCGCUUCGGAAAAACGUUUGCACGUCGAAUGAUCGGAUUCACCUUCCUCGUUUGCUCAUUAAUCUCGUCGUCGUAUCUCGAGCAAUCGUCGUCGUCGACGGGAAAUCCGAUAAUGUCGAAGAUAAUCGCGGUAGAUUUCGAGGUCUUCGGCAUCGUGCAAGGUGUCUUCUUCAGGAAGUAUACCCAGAAACGUGGCAAGGAAUUGGGUUUGAAAGGAUGGUGUAUGAACACUUCGGACGGUACUGUCGUCGGCCAUUUAGAGGGGGAAAAGACUCAGGUCGAGGAGAUGAAACAAUGGCUUCGUCGUACCGGUAGUCCUCAGUCGCGGAUAGACAAGGCAGAAUUUCGCAACGAGAAAGAAAUCUCGCAGCCGUCGUUUUCGAAUUUUGAAAUUCGACAUUGAAUUAGAAGUAGCACCUGCAAGCAAGAGAUAUGUAAAAAAGAUACAAAUGCCUUCUAUAGUUUGAACAAUUCAAAUCUUGCAUAAUGAAAUCGCUAUUUAAAUAAAUAUAAUGUGAAACAUUAAAAAA